AUGUCGCCGUACUGGUACGCGCUUCGGCUCAUCCAGGCUUUUGAGGAUCGAAUCAUCGACACCAUCCUCCGCCAGCCGGGCUUCCACAGAGCCGUCGGCCGCGUCCACCGCGCGAUCAACGAGAAGCAGCAUGGCCGAAAUCCGCACGAGCCGCUUGCGCCGGGAGAAGCUACGGCGGAUCCGAAUCCGGGAGGUCGAACGGAUGGAUUUUUCAGGCAUUUCAUCGGCGAGCUGAAGAACCAGGCUCGCGGGAAACCGACCGACAUCACUACGAAGCCGCCUGCCAAGUGA